CUGUAACGCGUCGAUGUUCACAAGUGCCACAGUAUCGAAUUAUUUUUGAACGCGAUUAGUGUCGAAAAGUAACUAAGCCAAAAGACUUGCAAGUUUGUUUUUUCUUAAGGUCUUCUAAUUACGAUUUUGAAUUUUUCGGUUUUUAUUCCAUCAAGUAUCAUGCUACAUAAUAUUUAUACCAUACGGCCGGACGUGGACAGCCUCAGUUAUUGGCCCAUUAUCAACAUUAUUUUAUGGAGUUCGAUCGUUUACUCAUUGGGCAUAAUCGAGGAGACUAUACCAUACGUACUUGCUACAGAAAUUCAUGAGAAAUUAGGAGCUCCUUUUCAGGGUCUUUUUAUUGUUACGUUUUGCUUAGUACGAAUCGUUAUCCAUUAUAUUCGGUUAAAUUUCUAAGAAAGAUAAAAAAGUAUGGAUCGAAACCCUACAUAAUCAAUCAAUUUUAUUAUCUUCCAAAACGUAAUAUUUUUUUGAUUUAUAUUUUUUAUUAUCCUUUAAUUUUUCAUCUCAAAUGUACAUCUACCACUUUGCAUGCUCGAAUCGUUUAUACUUUGAAAAUCCAACUAAGAUAGCAAAAGAAAUAUUUGUUCCCAAAUUAAGAAUUAAUCGUUUAUUAAAAUGAAAACUAGAGUCUGACUUUCUGACAAGUGUUUUGUAACACACAUUUCAAUAAAAUCUAAGUGACGAUAAAAAUUUAAACAAGAUUUGCCCCUUGUCGAAUGUUUUACCGUCCGACUCCCAUGCUUUUUGCCGAACGUGUCGCAGUCCGGUGUGUUAUUUUGUGUACUCCAAGUGCAGAAAACAUUGCAAGUGCGUGAGAGCCGUCAGCUGAUCGGCUUUUUUAAAGUUUCAAAGACCGAAUAAAAACGGAGUUCAAUUGUCAAUCUACUUGUUCGUCGAUUUCGUUUCAAUUACGAAAAAAAGAAAAUUUCAAGUAACAAUGGCCUUGUUAAUUAACAGAAGUCGUUUGCUCUUCGGGGAUUUACUGCAGGUGGGACGAUCUAUUACAAGGACGCUGUCCACUCCGACGGAUUAUGUGGAUAUUAUCGAAUACUCCAACGGGGCGAGAAAAAUCACAUUAAAUCAUCCAAAGACGAAAAAUUCCCUCUCCAUUCAAAUGAUGAAGGACCUGCACAAAGCCAUUACCUCUUAUUCGACCGAUCAAACUCUUCGAUCGAUUAUGAUUACCAAUACGGGUGAUGUAUUUUCCGCUGGUCACAAUUUAAAAGAACUGAGAACAGACAAAGGCGAGGCUGACCAUAAGGAGGUUUUCGAGACUUGCAUGCAACUAAUGAAAGCCAUCGAGGAGGCUCCGGUGCCAGUGAUCGCGGUUGUCGAUGGUCUAGCAGCAGCCGGGGGAUGUCAGUUGGUCGCAGCUUGCGAUAUCGCCGUAGCUACCGAACAAAGUUAUUUCGCUACUUCCGGUAUCAACGUUGGGGUAUUUUGUUCAACGCCAAGCGUCCCGGUACUUCGCAGUAUGUCGCGAAAAAUGGCAGCUCACAUGCUGUUCACCGGCGACGAAAUAAAUGCACAGCAAGCCUACGAGGCCGGCUUGAUAAGCAGAGUACUUAGUCAAGAAAAUUUACAACUUGAACUUGAAAUUAUGACGGACUUGAUAGCCUCGAAAAGUCGGUCGGUCAUUCAAAUGGGAAAAGAGUUUUUACGUAAGCAGAGGGAUUUGAAUACAGAAGAUGCUUAUAAAUUAGCCGUCGAAACUAUGGUGAAAAAUUUAAAAUUGAAGGAUGCUCAAGAGGGUAUAACUGCUUUCUUUGAGAAAAGAGAACCAAAUUACCAAGACAACAUGGAAGAAGUAAAAGCUUCAAAAGAUUGAUGGUACUAAUGAAAAUAUUUAAUCAUGUUUUCAAGAAAGGGUAUGACAAAAUUCAUCUCGUUUGUCGUGUUUGAUUUUUUGUAAUAAUUUUUAUAUUUAUGAUUAUUUGUAUUUUACAAGAAUGUUUUGUACGUUUGUAUUUUUGAACUGCAUUUAAUUGAGCUAUAGAAUGCUUUAUAGACAUAUUUGAUACAUCUUUUACUAAAGACUUUUUUUAAGUUAAUCAAAUAAGAAAAAAAUAAUGUAUCAAUGAAACUUCAUAAACCUAAUGUAAAUUUUUAUUACAUACUUUUUAUGACAACUGAUUAUUAAGUGACGCGAUAAAUUUGAUUCAAAUAAAAUUUUAAUAUUUUAUUAA